AUGUCGUUCACCUGGUCAGACAUCUCGACUCUGCUGCAAGAGAAGCUCGCUCUUCUCCCCCAAGGCACCACGAUGAUGCUCAUCGUCCACACCAUCGGCAUCCUCAUCGCGAUGCCUUACUUCAUGGACAUCUUCGUGGCUUUUUUCGAGAAGACAAUCACCUACAUCUUGGUGUAUCGCCCCUCCAGCAUGCGCAAGUCAGUCGAAGGCAAGGCUUCGCCACCGAACAAGAGCAUCGACACUGUCAUCCAGACUCUCGGAGGCAGCCCUCCAGGUAAGUGCAGCAUCUGUUUCGAAGACUACUGCCGUCCAGUGAAGAUCAAGCAAUGCGGCCACAUCUUCUGCGACUCGUGUAUUCGAUCGACGCUGGCGUCAAUCUCGCAUUGCCCACUCGAUGCUCGUGAGCUCUUCCCGGACAAAGCCCAGUCUGUACAAGACCAGAUCCAACUCCAGCUCCAGCAAGGAGAGUGGGUGCACCCAAUCUCGGUGAUGCCGUUCAGCUUCCUGAUUCCCGGCAUAGGAACAGCAACGGUAAGUCUCGCGCUUCUGCUCGUCGAAGCCCUGUUCAAGAUCCAAGGCAACACCAUCUGCACCGCUAUCGCUCUCGUUGUCAUCGCUCCCAUGCAGAGACUUCUACUCGCUCGCCAGAUGACUAUGCUGCUCGUCUCAACGAAUGCACUGCGCUUCAAAUUGGGGCAACCGGUUCGCCUACAGGGAAUGUUCGAGAUCUACUGGGCGAUCCAGUUCAUCCUUACUCCGUGGGUCUUCGCUGCUGGAGCGCAGAUGAUGCUCAUCGUCGCCUGCUGGGUACCUUUCCUGGGCGCCAUGAAGGCGAGGUUUGGAGUCAACCCCACGUACAUGAUUUCUCUGGCGGUGCCGCUUGAGUUGAGCCUUGUGAUUCUCCGCAAGCCGAUUCAGUUCAAGGUCAGAGCAGGAGAGCCACAGAUCGUGAUCCCUGAGUUGUGA